CCCACCUCCAUCUUGAGCUCAGAGCAUUGUUGAGGGUGUUUGGGUGCAAUCGAUUCGCCAUUUUUCAAAAAUGACCGACCAGCUUUGUAAACUUUUCGUCGGUGGGCUCAACGUGGACACCGACGACGAUGGCCUACGCAAGCAUUUUGAGCAGUACGGCACGCUCACCGACUGCGUUGUCGUCGUGAACAAGCAGCUCCAGCGGUCUCGCUGCUUCGGCUUUGUAACCUACUCCACGCCGGAGGAGGCCGACGCGGCAAUGGCGGCUAGGCCGCACACCGUCGAUGGCAACGCGGUCGAAGUGAAGCGAGCCGUGGCAAGAGAAGACGCAAACAAGCCCGAGGCCCUCGCUAAGGUGAAGAAAAUCUUCGUUGGCGGUCUGAAAGACGACAUCGAAGAGCAGCAUCUGACCGAAUACUUCUCCCAGUACGGGCAGGUCGAGAAGUCCGAAGUGAUCUCAGAGAAGGAGACCGGAAAGAAAAGGGGCUUCGGCUUUGUGUACUUCACCGAUCACGACUCGGCCGAUAAGGCGGUUGUCGUGAAAUUUCACACCGUCAAAGGACACAAAGUUGAAGUAAAGAAAGCCCUGACCAAACAGGAGAUGCAGGCAGCCAACAGAACCUCUAUGACACCGAGAGGCAGAGGCGGUAGAGGUAUGAGAGGAAAUCAAAAUGGCUACGGCGGCAGGGAUUAUGGCGGAAACUACAACUACGGUAAUGGCGGAGGCUACAACUGUGGCGGCUACGGAGGGUACGGCAGCGGGCCAUAUGGGGGUGGCUAUGGAGAUCAGGGAAGUGGCUAUGGCGGUGGCAACGGCUACAAUGAGUUUGGCAGCGGCUAUGGCCAGCAUCCUUCUGGCUAUGGCCCCAUGAAAGGGCCACCUUUCGGCGGCCAGAGGAGCGCAGCUCCCUACACCAGAGGCGGCGGCGGCGGUGGCGGCUACCCAAGGGGGGGCUACGGCGGCGGCGGCUAUUAAAUGAGACUGCACGAUGGAAAGCAACCCCCACUAUUGUCCCACAAAUUGCCCUCUCCCCUCAGCCCGGAAUUGGACGCCAAGAGUCAAAGCCAGUAACGGGGCGUCUGCCGUGAAAUCCAACCAUGGCAGAGAUACGGACACAAAGACCCCCUCCCCCAAAUCAUUACGAAGACCUCCAAACCCAAACAGGUAGGAAGGUCACUUCCCAGAACACCUGAUUAUAACGAGAAGCGGUUGUUGCCGUUCAACUAGGACACAUUAAGACGAAGAAUAACAUCGCUUUUUAUUAUGUACUCACGCCUCCGGCGUCUAGUUCUCGUCUAGAGUUGAAUUUAUUUUUUAUUUGCGUUCACUCGUUGUUUUUGGAUUUUUUCGAUGUAGGAUUGUUUUGCUGACAAGUUCUGAUUUAUUUUUAAUAUUUGCAUUUUAAAGCAGUUCGUUUUCGAUUUUGUUUUUUCUGCAGAAAACUUAGUGUGACUUUUCAAUGUAUGAGGAUGAGAAAGCAUGUUUAUGGUUUUUCAUAGCUAUGUCAUUAUUGAUAACGGACAUAUGUAUUAUUUACUUAUUGGGUCAUUCAGCAAAGGCGGGACGGGACGCAGGACCACUGUUUCCUUCUCCCUUAUUGUACCAAACCUCUCAGCCAGUCUCAGUCUAAAUAUUGUUCAUGUUUCCUUUACCUGUAGCAAUAUCUAAUGUAUAUUGUAUACUUUCAUGUCUGGAGAACAAAACCUACUGUUAAAAAAACAAUUUGCUAUGCUCAUGUAUGUUCAUUUUAAAUAAAACGUUAUACCACUUAGCUUAGUUAUUUUACUUAUUUAACCAGGCUUCCUCAAGUUCAUCCACAGGUAUAUAAGUGGCGUCACCUUGUUGCUCUUUAGUUACAUGGCAUCAUUCCCACAGUUUAUUCCCUUACACUCAGGUGGGUGAAACGGUUAAUGGUUGUAGUCUACCCACAGCCAAUGCAUGUAGGCUUUGUAGGGUGUGACGUUGUUUUAAAAUUAUGUGGUUUUUAGAUAUUGCUAAUAACUCUUUAUUUUUCUUCUGAAUACAUUUAUUUAUGUGGACAUGAGGGCUCUGAUAUUUAUCUUUGAUUAUUCCUACAUUUAGGUGUUCUUACUCUUAUUCCAGUAGGCUAUCCCAGCCAAAAUAGCCGUAGCAGUUUGUUUGUAGGCUACAUCAGGACCCUGUUGAUUACCUGGGGUCGAUUGUGAUAGGAGUCUGAAAUAUCUCUUUAGGAUAUCCACAUCCAGCAAACUAGGUUGCUUCUGUAACCUGGGCACGAGGACGGUAACCCCCGAAACGAUGGGGGGGUGUGUCUCUCCACGCUGACAGUGGGGACCAAAGAGUGGUUGUGCCUUCUUCCCCCACAGGUGAAGUCAGUUUUCAGAGGAUUCCCCCGGUGUGGUCAAAGGCAGUGUUAAUGUGCAUUUUAAUGUGAACUGUUACUGGGUUUCCAGGGAAUUUUGAUUAUACAGGACCACAGUGCUGCUGACUAACCAGUGUACACCUUUGAUGCAUUUGUUUAAAAAAAAAAAAAAAAGUACUGAAUCCAAAUCGGGGUUUUCUAGCCUUUUUGGUCUGGAACACCUUCUAAAAUAAAGCGUUUUCUUAGUCCUCGUUAGUGUGUUCUUUUUGGUGUAUUUGAGCUUUUACAGUUUUGACUUUCAUCUAGUUAACUUAUUAAUUUGUGUUUAAUACCAGAAUAAAUCGUUGUAUGAAAGGAGAACUUGGCAUUGAGUAACAGUGCCCAAAUAAACUUGAGGUCAAGUCUGAGAAUUUUCUACUUGAUUCAACAUCUUGGUUGGAAACCACCAAUGUUCAUGUGCGUUUUUGCGCUGUUUCAAAAGUAUUUAACGCUUGAAGCUGAUAAUUGUAAAGCUUUUUAAAAUGCAUUUCAAGUCAGUCAAAUGCUUUGUGGGGUUUUGGCAAAAGAGAAACUGUUCAAAUGGCUCUUGUAGUUCUGGUUUUACUUGUUUAGCAAGACCAGUAAAAAUCGAGUUGAUCUUGGUAAACAACACAGUUGACCCUACAUUUGUCUACAGACUUGACUUCACAUUUCAUUUUUUCUAACUUGCAAAUAAGUAAUUAAAAGAAGACAAGUGUAGGAUUUUAAUGUGGUAAUGGAUGGUUGUAAAAUUAACACAUGACGGGUCAGUAAAUGGAAGGGGUGGGGAAUAAAAACAUGGGAGAUGGUGGCAGACCCCACUGCGCCUCAAUGCUUCUUACCUAAAUUAUUAAAGUGUUCAACAGCUGCAAAGUGGGCUAGCUGUUAAAACGGCCUCCACAUUUGACAAUGAACGUUAGUCAUAUAUAAUUGAACACAAGGGAGAUGAUGCUACUUUGUAUCAGGUAAAAGCCAUAAUGCACUCAGAAUUUGCAUAAACAAACACUGUAGACCAAACUAGUCAUCUACACAACGUGGACUGUUCAGCUAUUUGGUUUUUCCAGCACUGCUUUAAGUCUUAAAGUCUGCUGACUACUGUCUAAAAGUGAAUCUCUUGGUCUUUGUGGUUCUUGAAGCAGUUUUCUCAGAUUAAUUGAAAGAUGUUCAUUUUUAAAAACGUAAACAGAGCGCUUCAAUGAUGAAAUGCAAGACAGUACUUGAUGUCUUGGCUUUAAUGAGCACUAGAAAAUCAGUACAAGAGUUGACUAAAACUCCCACAGUAAUCUUAAGUAUUUGUUAGGGUUUAAAUAAAAAAAUGAAAGCCAAUCUGAGGUUUUGUGCUGAUUAAAAAGGAACUGCUUGAUGUGGUCAUGAGUGUAAAUUAUGCUUUUGUUCUCUUACCUUUUUUUUUUAUAGGAUGAUGGUGCUUGACGAAUUCUGAUCACCCUGUAGGAAAAGGAAACUUAUGUUGGCCUUUCUUUUUAUGAAUUCACAAUAAAUCAAUAUAUUUUUGUAUAUCAA